AUGGGCAGGAAAAGUUGCGCCGGUAUUGCACAAGGAGGUCUUAAGUUUUCAAGUGUCACAGAAGCUCAUAAAGCCUGCACCCUCAAGCCCUCAUGCAUCCAGGAUGUUCCCAGCCUUCUGCCAUUGGACAACACCGGUGACAUCAUCCAGACUGCCCAGGCUGUUCCCAGCCUUCCACCAUUGGACAACACCGGUGACAUCAUCCAGACUGCCCAGGAUGCGGUGAGCAAGACCGCCGAGGCCGGCCAGGAGGCUGUGGAAGGCGCCGUGGCGGGCGCCAAGGACAUGGCGGACACGGCGCUGGAUGUCGUUGAGAUCAUCGACUCCGGCAGCUCAGAGGGGGGCGCUGGCAAAGUGAAUGAGACGUUGGACAAGCAGGGCGGCGAGGUCCAAGCCAAGGCUCACAGGGCGGAAAACAAAGGUGCCGCCUUCGUGGAAAUGGCCAAGGAGAUUCUGCCAUCGGUGGUUCCCAAGCGCAAGCCAGCAGCAAAGAAGCUGGAUGAUGCCAUGCCGCCCAUCCUCGAGCCUGUGGACCGCCAGACACUCCCUGCCCAGGAGGCAUUGGAGAGGGGGAGACCUGCGCCACCAAAAGCGCCGCCGGCGGCAGCCAAGGCGGCGGCGGCCAAGGCUGUUGCGGCCAAGGCGGCGCUGCCGGAGGCACCGCCAAAAGCCAAGUCGAAGGUGGUGACGGCGGUAGUCGCGGCGAUGCCCAAGGCCGGUAAGCUCUAA